UGUGCAUGUGCAUUGUGCAUAUAAAUAUUUGUAAAUCGUAAUUUAUAUAUUGAAAUUAUUAUACACCUUAUUCUUAUUGAACCCGUAUUAAAUUGAAAGAAAAUUUAAUUUAUAAGUAUUUCCGACGAUCCGUUUUCCAUACAGUAGUUAUAUUUGGUCGGGAACAAUGUCGAUGCCACACAGCAGUUCAAGUACAACAAGCUCAAGUACAAAGCGAAAGGAAAUCUACAAAUAUCAGGCACCAUGGCCUCUUUACUCGAUGAACUGGUCAGUUCGCCCAGAUAAACGAUUUAGAUUGGCUCUUGGAAGCUUUGUUGAAGAGUACAAUAAUAAGGUACAAAUAAUAUCGCUUGAUGAAGAGACAAGUGAAUUCAGUGCUAAAAGCACUUUUGACCACCCUUACCCAACUACCAAGAUCAUGUGGAUACCAGACAGUAAGGGUGUAUACCCUGACUUGCUUGCUACAAGUGGUGACUACCUUAGAAUCUGGCGUGCUGGUGAACCAUACACACUAUUUGAAUGUGUACUAAACAACAACAAGAAUUCAGACUUUUGUGCUCCCCUUACUUCUUUUGAUUGGAAUGAAGUUGACCCUAACCUGAUUGGAACAAGUAGUAUUGACACAACUUGUACUAUUUGGGGCUUGGAGACAGGUCAAGUCCUGGGAAGGGUUAACGAGGUGUCAGGACAUGUAAAGACACAGCUUAUUGCUCACGAUAAGGAAGUAUAUGACAUAGCAUUUAGUCGUGCUGGUGGUGGCCGAGAUAUGUUUGCGUCUGUAGGAGCUGAUGGCUCUGUGAGAAUGUUUGAUCUGCGGCAUUUGGAGCACUCAACUAUUAUAUAUGAGGAUCCCCAACACACUCCACUGCUACGAUUGGCAUGGAACAAGCAAGACCCUAACUACUUAGCAACUAUUGCUAUGGACGCGUGUGAGGUCAUUAUUUUGGAUGUACGGGUUCCUUGUACCCCCGUAGCCAGAUUGAACAACCAUAGAGCCUGUGUCAAUGGAAUAGCAUGGGCACCACACAGCUCCUGUCACAUCUGCACAGCUGGUGAUGACCACCAAGCAUUGAUCUGGGAUAUUCAACAAAUGCCAAGAGCUAUAGAGGACCCUAUAUUAGCCUACACCGCUGCUGAAGGAGAAGUAAAUCAAAUACAAUGGGGUGCAACACAACCUGAUUGGAUAGCCAUUUGCUACAACCGACAUACUGAAAUACUCAGGGUAUAAGGUAGUCCAAUAAAAUCAACCCCAUGCAUAAAUUAAUUUAAUUUGUUAAGGUCAAAGUCCUCUAUGGCACCGUCAACUUUAUGAUUGGAAUGGUGUGAAUGGACUUCUUAUGAAAACCUAAAUCAUUAUAUAAAGGAUUUCUUAGAAAAUAAUUUAAAAUAAAUUAAUUCUAAAAGUAUUAAUUCCUUUAGGUUUUUGGAACAGGUCUAUUUAAACCAUGUAAAGGUUUAACUAUUUACAAAAACUUACAUUUCUUGUCUACUAAGAAUCCACAGAAGAAGGUUAUUUAGAUUGAAAUAUACUACAUUGAUUUAAGUGCUAAAAAGAUCUUCAAUAAAACAAUAUUGAAAAUUAAGAAAAGACAGACAUUUAGUCUCUUUAAAUAUUUUUUUUUUAUGAAUGGGGGGAAAUGCAUAAUUUAUUACCAAAUAUGAAGCAUUUAAAAAUGUUACAUUUUGAUAAGACUUCAAAAACCAAUUUAUUAAAGUGUGUAAGUGUGUAAUCAAUUAUGGGCGUAACAAAUAUUUAUGAUACUUAUGUUUAUGAAAUUAUCUAAGAAUACUGCAAGUGAAGAGAGUAUAAUGUUCACUGAUAAAUAUAAUAUUCAGUUUCAAGACACACAUUUUAUGUAAAUACAUAAUAGUAGAACAUGUUUAUGCAAUAAUAACAAUUCCUUUACAUAAUUGAAGAAACAUGUGUAAGACUGAUUUCGGUGUUUGUGUUAUAAAUUUUUCAACAUUUACAUUGUGUGUAAGUAUUACAUUGAUCAUUGAUCAUAAUGUAUUACAAAAACUCAGCUUGUAAAUAUUUAAUCAUGUUGCAAUUAGAUUUUUUGAUAUGAUAUUGUAGUGUACAUGCAGGUUGAAAUUUAUUAUAAUUGAUUUUCAACAAAUUUUUAGUUUGUUUUAAAAACAAGAUGAAUUUUGGUUAGUUCUGCAUAACUUAGAAAAUAAUAUGGGAUUAUAAGUGAAGAAUCUUUUCACUGUUAAUAACAUUUUCGACUGUUUUAACUAAUUACAGUAUUCUUAUGUAGACCUCAUGUCUUUUGGGUAUCCCAAUCUUUGUGAAAAAAAUUUUGAUGACUAGGUUUAACUUACAAUAGCUUUCAGUUUACUAUAAGAUAGAUUAAGUUAUUUAUAAUAAUUACCAGAGGGAAACAUUUCUUACUGUUUACUAUUAUGCAAUAAAAGGUACCAAAAUAGUUA